CGGUCCCUAGAGGCAGACGCAGACCAAGUAUACAUCGAGGUUGUAGCCCUUUGAUUUUGGGAUCUACACCGCUCGGACUUGAGUCCUAGACAUCCAAGAUGUCUACAUCUCCGCAGAAAGUCGCGCUCUACUCUGUCAAUGAUCUCAAAAAUGCAACCGACGAUGCCAUUGCACCAUACCUCACGACCCUCCCCAAACCCUAUGCCUUCCGACAAGAACACACCACGACAAAUGUAAAGCUUGCUCUGGGCUAUACCGCCGUCCUGAUAGCUGGGGUGCUGUUCUAUGCAGAUUGGAAACUCGGGUGGGACGCAACGAAGGCGUAUACAGCUCCUGCAUGCGUCGCGUAUUUUGUGCUGAAUAGUGCGUUGACGUACUGGAUCUGGGCUGUGGAGGCGGGGACGGUGUUCGUGGGUGUCAGGGACGGAGGGCAGAAGAUCACGAUCCGUUCAUUUGGGAAGAAACACUCCCCUGUCUACAAACUCAAAGUCACCUACGCUGCACCCUCGACUGGCAAGAAAUGGGAAGACAAGGAGUUCACCGGAACCUUCACGCAGUGGUUUAAUAUACAUGGCUAUUUGGAACACAAGGAAUUUCAGGCAUGGCUAAACAUGAAUAUCGACGUGUUGAGGAACGCACAGGAGGAGAUGGCCAGGAAGGACAAGACCGACAGAAUCCCCGUCAUGAUGCCCGCUCUGCAUGCCGACCACGGAGCUGAACGUGAAACGACGCUUUCGUCUGGUGCGGAAACAAGUCCAGUACCAGUCAGUACGAAGAAGGGCCGGUCGAAGAAAAAGGCUUGAAUUGGGUUCAAAGAAUAGUUGCAAUCAUAAGACACUGCAUUCGUCCUGCCGUGCCGAUGGACUUAUGCUCUUCUGCCACGCUGACGAAGACGUUGGUGGAAACGGGCCUCAAGGUUGAAUGUGUGGACCAUGACAAUACUUCGGUAUCUCAACUCACACCCCUUACACGGUGGUCUUCGAGGGCGGAGACGUCGACUGUCCACCAUGGCCUGAGCGCACAAUGCAACUCGAUCAGCCUUUUCGUCCCGCAACCGUCGACUCAGCUGCCAUUUCACCACUCUCGGUCAGAGCCAUCCCGCGACAUUGCACCAAAGUCGACAUGUCGCGCCGACCUCCUCACCUGAAUUGUCGCCUACCACUCUACCGAGGGUAUGUCUUCAACCAAUCCACUCGGCAUCGUCCCGCAUCGCCUCCAACAUCUAAUAGCAUGCCGCGAAGCCCAAAGAACGAGGUAUCACAGCUGGAUGGAGCUGGCGCGAACGUAGCUGCAAGAGCCGAAGUGUGCGCUAUAAGGUGCCAAUCCUGCACCGUCGGCCAGGCUGAAAUCGAUGGUGUCCGGACCAGUCUAGAAAUCCUGAAGAGAACAGACUCUUACGAAUUUGGAUCUCGUUAUAGACAGAUACGUAGAUAGAAAACCUCGCAGGCCUCUUCCUCACCACGACUAACAUAAGGUGGCCAAAAGUGUCUUCUGGUCUCGAAGUCGUCCCAAUUCUACGACGAUGACGACAACCCCGGGA